AUGAGGAGGCUCCGGCAUCCUGUGGCGAUAAGUGCGCCGAAUGUGGGUGGAACCUCGAGGGCCUUAAGAGCUAACUUCCCAUCCAAAUUAGCCUUGUCAUCUUCGUCCGACGGAGUGGUCCAUGUUGUUAACCUGAACGCCGACGGUGAGAGCCUGCAUGCGCUGAAGAGCCUCCCAGGGCACAUGGAUGAGGUGGCCUGGGCAUUUGUAGACUGGGGAAGCGAGCGCAACGAAGCCAUUCGGGCUUGCACUAUCUCAGUGGAACGAGACGUUUUGUUCUGGGACGUAGCUUGGUCCCAGUUGCGGCUUCUGCCGGAGGAGGUGGCCGAGAGAUCCGAGAGCGAUGAGGAGAAGGGGCAUCCAUUCUGGCAUCCCCGACGGCUUACCAAGGGUCAUCAGUAUCGAGCACGGGUGGCGGCUUACGAUGCCACAGCCCGACACCACCAGAUCAGCGCGCUGACGGGUUCUGCUGAUGGGCUGGUUCAUUGUUGGAGUUUGGAUGUUAUGGAUCAUGACCAUCUACACCAGUAUUGCAGCCCGCUGGCUGGACAUACGGAUCAGGUGACAAGCCUUGCAGCAGACUUUGGCGGCGACCUGGCCCUGAGCGGUUCUUGUGACAAGACUCUACGCAUGUGGAAUCUCCGGGGCCAGUUCUGCGAAGGCGUGCUCAGGGGACACCAAGGCAGCAUCCGGACCAUGGUAGCAGACUGGACGCAGAAGAGAGCCAUAAGCACUUCGAUGGACAGUGUGCAUGUCUGGGAUUUGGGUCCGAAGGAGUCCAGGGAUAGACGGCCUACGGCGACGCUUCAGGUACAGAGUGGCGUCUGUGAAACGCUGGCAGCAUUCUCAGCUGGAUCCGCAGCCUUCGUGAGCCGACUUGGCUGCAUUGAGUUUUGGGACUUGGACCCCUCGGUCCGGAUGUAUUCGCUUCAAUGCCACCCUGGCACCUUGUUUGCGGUUCACUUGGGACUCGCAGGCCAAGCCGAGGCUGUAAACGAGCAUUGCGAGACUGAGACGGAGGACAUGGCAUCACUGGCAUGGAUGGGCACCUUGAUGCCAGCAUUGGCUGGAUCUGGUGCAGCGGGAUGGUCGAGAACAGUGCUUUAA